ACACGGAAAACGGCCCCCUCCCCCCACAUACCGUGCACAGUCCUCCCCGGGUACACUCCAACGGGACACCCCACAUCGCCCCCCCCCCAUCCGGUGAGCGGCUUGGCCUUUGCAAAUGUGGAGGGAGCUCGGCGUCCCUGGACGCGCGAGCCGUUGCAACCUCCCUCUCUCGCGCGCAGGGAGCGAGCCCGUGGACGCGCGCGGCGGCGGCGGGGAAGUCUGGGGCGCCGGCCGUUUGGCUGGCCCACGGGAGGUCGGAUCCGCGAAGCUGGAGGCGGGGAGCGAGGUGGGUGAGGUGGUGGCGGUAGAUCUGGUCGGCGGGUGCGGCGGGAGGUCCGGCGAGGUGGCGGGCGUGGAGGGCCGGCCUAGCGGGGGAAAAUCCAGGAGCUCGUCGCGCGCGGGAAGCAGAUCCGGAAACCGGGGGAAGAAGCGGAGUGGCGGCAUCCGGCGGCGGUCGCAGAGCUCGUCGCCGAAGCCUCCCCCGAAGAAGGCCCGAUCUGCAAGGGCCAUGGAUGGCGGGUGGGACUUCCAGACGGGCCUCCCGGACCUCUCUGGUCCCUCCAACACACCUUAUCAAGACAUGCUCAAUAUUAAUUUUGAAGCACCGGGUGCAGCAGCUGGUAGUCCGGCCUUUCAGCCCGGUUCCAGCCAAGGUGGUUCGGGGAAGGCGCGCAAGAAAAUUGUGUCCAGACCGAAGCAAAACAACUUUUCAAUCGAGGAAGACAAAAACCUAGUGUCCAGCUGGCUCAAUGUGAGCUUGGAUGCAGUUAAAGGCGCGGGCCAGCGCAAGGCUUCAUUUUGGAAGGCCAUUGAACGGAACUACAAUGCCCAUAAAGGGCCCAUCUACCCUAUCCGCUCCCUUCGCAGCCUUGAGGGUCGCUGGUCUGAUAUUAAGGAACAAGCAAAUAAGUUUGAGAGCCACUACAACAAUGUCCUUAAUGAGAGGCGCAGUGGCUACAGCGAUAUGGACAAGAUCGCAGCAGCCAUUGAGUUGUACAAUAGUCUCGAAGAUAGGCCGUUCAGCACGAUCCACUGCUGGGAGAUGCUUCGCAACGAACCUAAGUGGAUGGACCUAAACAACCGUGGAAAGCUGGACCGAGGUCGGGUCCCCGAAGAUGUUAAUGCGCCCAUCGAUCUCACAGAAUCUGGAUGUGGGGAAGCCGGGAGCGAGAGUCAGAUUGGUACUUUCAAGAGGCCUCCGGGGAGGGACAUUUCGAGGUCAGGCAAACGGACUUGCUCCAGUGGGUCUCCUAGUGAUGCAGGGUCCGAGUUCUCUUCUAUGCUGUCUGCAAUGCACAUCCAGAAGAUGGACUUGAUCAGGACAUUUGACGGUUCUGUGGCAAGCAAAAUGGACCGGCUGGUUACCAUUCAGGAAGAGCACAUUGAGUUGAAGAAGAAAAAAGAUGCCCGGGAGCAGGAGUUACGGGACGAGCGCAUCAUUUCUAUUGACCUGACCACUUGCAAUCCCAGACAGCGUGUCCUGUACGAGGCAAUGCAGCGAGAGAUUUUACAGCGGUGGGGUGCACGCAACAAAGAUGCUCCGUAGAUUGUUCUAUUACUUUUACUACUGCAGUGUGUGAACUACUAUGACUUGCACCGGGCUUUGUCGUUGGAUUUGUUCUGAACUAUUUCAUUUGGACC